AGCAACAACAACAACAUCAGCAACAGCAAUGGACAAACAGACAAACUGUCCAAGUUGUUGCUGCCCGCACUUAAGAACAGCGCCAAGGAUGCCUCGCAAACGCCAUCACAAUCACAGUUGCAGUCACAGUCACAGUCACAGUCACCGUCACAGUUGCAAUUGCAGUCACAGCGCAGGCAACAGCAAUUUACGCCCCUCAACGUCUCGGAUGCGGCUAGCAAUGCCAGCUUUAGUUCCGCAUCAGUUGCCGGCUCCAUACAGGAUGAAAUGCAGCUGCCACCCACGCAGCAGCUGCAGCAGCAAAAGCAGCAAUCGCUGCAGCAUUUGGAUCAAUGCGGCCUAACGCAAGCCGGCUUGGAGGAAUACAAUAUACGUGCUUCGUCCUACUAUGAUCAGACAGCGUUCCAUCAUCAGAAGCAAGCGUCCUAUGCACAGUCCGAGGGCUACCACAGCUACGUCUCCAGCUCCGAUAGCACAUCGGCGACACCGUUCCUAGACAAAUUACGUCAGGAGAGCGAACUGCUCUCGCGUCAGUCGCAUCAUUGGUCUGAGAACGAUCUCAGCUCUGUUUGCAGCAAUUCGGUGGCUCCGUCGCCCAUACCGCUGCUCAAUCGACAAUGCAUCAACAGCAAUAGCAAUGGCAACAGCAAUGGCAACAGCAAUAGCUCCCAGCAUCACAGUCCCAACAGCAACAACAACAACAACAACAACAACAACAGCUCAGAGAGCACCUCCUCAACGGAAACGUUGAAAUGGCUUGGCUCGAUGAGCGACAUUUCAGAGGCGAGCCAUGUGACGGGCUACAGUGCCAUUGCCGAAUCGGUUUCCUCCUCGCAGCUGAUUGUGCACAGCUCCCGCGUGCUGACGCCCAAGCGGCAUCAAAGCGAGAGCGUGCUCUAUCUGCACGACAACAACGAGCCGAACGAACGAGCAGCAACAGCAGCAGCUCCCACUGCUGCUCCAGCUGCUGCUCCGUCUCCCGCUCCAAUUGCAGCUGCAGCACUGCCCGGCAGCCAGUCGAUCUCAGAGGAUGUUAUGCCGCCGCUGCCACGCAUACAGCAUCGUCACAGUCCCAGCUAUCCGCCGGUGCACACAUCGAUGGCGCUGCAUCGCUUCCAGCAGCAGCAGCCAAACAACUACAAAUUGAGCGCACAAAGUUCCUUGCCCGAGCUGGAGACGACAACGGCUCAGGAGUCUCGCUCUCACCUGGCCCAAUCGCAGUCGACCGGCGACCUGCAGCUGCACAAGUCAAGCAUUUCGGUAACCAUAUCGAGCAGCGAGGCUGUGGUAACAAUUGCACCACAGCCGCCGCCCAGCAAGCCGCAGCUCAGCAAAUUGGAGCUGCACAGCUGCAGUGCACCCAAUGUGGCCAGCGGCAGCUGCCUGGAGCAGUCGCCACCAGCUAUCAAUGAUUCGUACCGCAGCAAUCAUCGUCUGUUCCCCGUCAGCACCUACACGGAGCCGCUGCACAGCAAUACCUCGCAGUACGUGCAGCAUCCUAAGCCGCAGUUCAGCGCCAAUCUGAACAAGUCCAUCAAACACCCUGUGAUAACGCCUGCUGGCUCGGCCGUGCAGCCCGCUUGGCAUUCGGUAGCGGAACGCAUCAACGACUUUGAGCGCAGCCAGCUGCUGGAGACGCCCAAGUUUGCCUACUUGGAGCCGAGCAAAACCCAUCGACUGUCCAAUCCAGCCCUGAAGGCCCUGCAAAAGAACGCCGUGCAGUCCUAUGUGGAGCGCCAGCAGAAGGAGGAGCAACAGCUGCUGCGCUCCCAGUCCCAUUCGCAUUCGUAUCAAGCGCUGCAGCAGCUCGAACGCAAAUCGUUGCCCAACAAGCUGAGUCCCUUGAUGGUGGGCUUGCCCAGCUCGAACUCUAACUCCAAUUCUGGUUCCAUUUCCAACUCGGGCUGCACCUCGCCGACGCCACCGCCGCCGCCGCCACGCUCACGCUCGCUGCUGCCCAACUUGUUGCGUCGCUCCAGCUCCGCCUCGGACUAUGCCGACUUUCGCGAGCAGCCGCAGCAGCUGAAGCCGCCCAGCAUACGGAACAUAAGCAGCGCUGAGAAAUUGUCGUUCAACGACUGUGGCAUGCCGCCGCCGCCGCCACCGCCACGCGCACGCGUGGCCAUGCCCACGCGACGCACUUCCUCGGCCACGGAAUAUGCGCCAAUGAGAGAGAAACUGCUGCUGCAGCAGGCAGCUGCUUUGGCCCAUCAGCAGCAUCAUCCGCAGCAGCAUCCGCAUCAUCAUCGUCAGGUGCAACAUGUCUAUGAGCGUCCGCCUGAACGUCCGCCCAAGCAGCCGCAUCUGCGUGUGCCCUCGCCUGAGCUGCCGCCGCCACCGCUGGGCGCCGAGCUGGAUACGAGCUACACGUUCGAUGAGCCGCUGCCGCCGCCGCCGCCGCCGGAAGUGCUGCAGCAACGGCCGCCGCCAUCGCCGAAUCGUCGCAACAGCUUUGCGGGCGCAGCCACCACGAAGCCCACGCUGGCGCCGAAGGUGCCGCCACAGGUGCCCAAAAAGCCAACAAGCUUGCGGCAGCUGCCGCAGCAGACGCUGUCCAAUGGCUCAGUCAAGCCCACAAAUCUGCCCACAACAAACAGCCGCAAGCGGCCGCACAACAAUCCGCCGCCCAUCCUGGAGAGCGUUGCGGCACAGCCGGCGCUGGCGCCGCCUCCGCUCUUGCCGCGCGCUCGGCCCACGUGCCACGCCACUGACAGCGUUUUGGCCAGCAAUCUGGAGAGCAAUCAGCACAAACGAUCGAACUCGAAGGCCUCGUAUCUGCCGCGUCAGAGUCUGGAGAAGCUGAACAACACAGAUCCGGAUCAUGGCAUCUAUAAGCUCACGCUCACCUCCAACGAGGAUCUGGUGGCGCACAGCAAGCCCAGCUAUGGCAUUGCUGCGGCGGCCGCUGCUGCUGGCAAACUGAAAAUGUCCAACAAUUUGCCGGAUGUAUUGCCGCUGGGUGUUAAGCUGCAACAGCAGCCGGUCAAGCCGAUGACGCCCAGUUCGCCGGGCGAUGUUGUUGUCGCCAUGCGCUAUGGCUCCAAUAACAAUCUUGCAACGAAUGCCACGCCCACAGCGGCAAAUGCUGUUGGCGGCAAUAAUGCUGCCUAUGCCAUGAUCUAUGGCCAGCAGCAACAGCAUCCGCAGCAGCAGCAGCAACGGUAUUCAACGCCCACGCUGAACCACGCCUACAGCAAGAGCCGAUCGCCAGCGCCGCAAUUUACGCGAUCUCAGUCGUACGACGUUAAGCAGCUGCAAUCCCUAAACGAUGCCACAUACAUCACCCAGUCACAGGUCGAUCUGAAGCAGGUCGCUCAGAAUCUGGAGACAACGCUGGAGGAGGCAACGCUGCCAGCGACACCGCCGCAGCUGCUCUCGCCGGCCAAUUCCGAUUGCAGCCUGAGCAACAGCUCGCUGGAGUGCAGUCCAGUUAAUGCGAAUGUCAAUGCUGAUGCAGCAGCGCACAUCUUUCGCGCUGAGCUGAUUAGCACCACGGCGGCGACGGCGGCGACGACGCAGCAGUCAAAGCCACCGGUCAGCAGGCAGGAGUCGUUGCGUGAGAAUAUCGAGAAGAUAACACAACUGCAGUCACAGCUAAUGUCAGCGCAUCUGUGUGAUACGGGUCUGCUGAGCAGCUAUGGCAAGCCGAGCAGCUGCAACACGAGCAGCACAACAGAGCCAGCUACAGCUACAGACACAGCCACAGAGCAGCCGCCCAGCCCAGCAGCAAAUGAUCAGUUGGAGGAGCCGGCAGCUGAAGCCAUGCCGGAAGCCUCGUCCAUGGAUAGCCUACAACUAAUGCAGCGCAGCGAGCUGGUAUUGAUUGUCAAUCCCACGCCCUGCACCUCGGACAUGGCCUGCCAAACAGACGAGGAUCUGCUGGACAAUGAGCUGGUGGCGACGCGCGAGGAGCAACAGACACGGACAACGCUACAGCCACGCCAGCAGCAGGCCAUCGAGCUGGAGUACGAGCAGUCGGCCAUGGAGCUGAUCAAGCAGCUGUUGCCCAACGAUAAACUCAUCGAAAUUCUAACACCAAAAAGAUAUAAGCCAACGACACAGUAUGUCAGCAAUCUGUAUAAUCCAAAUGUGCAGCUGCGUCCGGCCAAGCGAGAUGUGGGCACCUCGACGCUGAUGCGCAUGAAGGGCGACAGCGCCAGUAACAACAGCAACAGCAACAGCAACAGCUCCAGCUCCAGCCCUAGCAACUCUCUUGUUACGACCGAGCUGCAGCUGGUCAGUGUGGAGCUGCAGCUGACGGAUGAGGACGAUGCAAGCGAUGCGGAGUGCACGAAUUUAAUCAAGCAGCAGCUGCGCGCGCUAAUUAAGCAGUUGAACCAAAAAAUUGGCUCGCUCAAAUGUGAGCAGCAAACAAUUUGCGAUGAGUGCAGCAUUAAUGACAAACUGGGCCUCGAUUUGCUGGCCAAAUUAACGGAGAAGGUGCGUCCCAGCGAAGCCUCCAAGUUCCGCACCUACAUCGAUGAUGUUGGUCACAUAACCAGCCUGUUGCUCUCGCUCUCAGAGCGAUUGGCGCAAACUGAAAGCAAUCUAGAGACGCAUAGCAGCCAGCAGGAGAAGAGUACGCUGGCAGCAAAACGUGAACGUCUCUAUGAACAGCUGGAGGAGGCGCAACGGCUCAAGUCCGACAUCGAUAGGCGUGGCAGCAGCAUUGCCAAGUUAAUUGGCAAACAUCUCAACGUUGAUAUAUGCGCCGACUAUGAUUAUUUUAUUAAUAUGAAGGCCAAACUGAUUGCCGAUGCACGCGACCUCUCCGACAGGAUCAAGAGCAGCGAGGAGCAGUUGAACGCCUUAAGCGAUGCGCUAGUCCAAAGCGAUUGCUAGCUGGGUUCUCAAUUCAAUUUUCCGUGCUGUCAACUAUAAGUUGAGAGCUGUUUGCGAGAAUUGCCUUAGCUGCUGGUCGGGCUGUGUGUAUUUAACUUAACUUAAUGUGCUUAAAAUUCACCACACACACACUAUAAUGUAUAAAUAUUUUAUGUUCAUUUGUGAUUUUCAAUUAGCAUGUAGGUUAAACUAUGUAUCAACCGCAUAUAUGUAAGCAAUUUUUUACAUAAUUAUCAAAA